CCUACUUUUGUUAGGAUCAGAGGUAGAAGGAAAUAUUUCUGUACCCCGAACAAAAUAAUGCAAGGACAAUGAUCGCCACAGCUUUUCUCUGUGACGAUAGGGAGUGGUAGAGACUGUGGCGUAUUGGAAUAGCCAAGACUGCCUGUGAAGGGCAGCUGCUACUUAGCACCAGCUGAUCAUUUCCAGACAUGAACAUGGGCUAUUUUGACAGAUCCUCUUUUUUUUUUUUUUUUUAAAGAGAAGCCCGAAGUUUGGGUUUUUAUGUGACAUCUCUGAUUUUUAAGUUUUGGCUCAAAUUUCUAGGCAUAUCCUGCAGAUCAUAUAAUAUCUCUGUAGGCUAGAUGUGACCCACUCGACAUCCGUUAUAAAUGAUCUCUAGAGCUUCUUUCUGUCCAAGAUCCAUUGAUUCUAAUGGGGACCAUUUCAACCAGUGAACUGAAGGUUCUGCUUCUACUAGGCGAAGUCAGGGUAAGAAGGAAGUGGGGCUGGAAGAUGAGGAGGGAGGCUUUGAGUCUAAACAGGGUGCUUGGCAAUUGGUAUUUGGAUGGCCUCCUUGGAGAGAGGCCACAGGAUGCCCGAUUCACAGCAGAUGCCUUGUAUGUUUGUCAUUGCAGGAGUGGCAUUUAUUGGAAGAGUUUGUGAGACCUUCUCUCUGUCCACAGCUCCAGGACCAAUGCGUCUUUCCAGCACCUUAAACCACUGGUGAAUAUAGCCCCAGUUACAGAAGACUUGUCCUAUCACCACCAUGAGCUCUGAAUGCGAUGUGGGUGCUUCCAAAGCUGUGGUGAAUGGUUUGGUACCGGGCGGCAAUGGGCAAGACAGAGCAACUGCAGACCCUAUACGUGCACGCUCUAUUUCUGCUGUUAAAAUAAUCCCUGUGAAGACAGUGAAAAAUUCUUCAGGCCUAGUACUCCCUCCAGACACGGAUCCUACAAAAAUCUGCACUGGGAAGGGAGCGGUGACUCUCCGGGCCUCGUCCUCCUACAGGGAGAUCCCAAGCGGUAGCCCUGUGAGCCCUCGGGAAACCCCGCAAGAGGAAAGGAAACCAGAUGAGUGGAGGCUUCCUUCCAAUGCUGAUGCCAAUGGAAACGCCCAGCCCUCUCCACUCGUUGCCAAGGGCUACCGAAGUGUGCAUCCCAACCUUCCUUCGGACAAGCCUCAGGAUGCCACUUCCUCCAGCCCAGCCCAGCCUGAGGUAAUAGUUGUCCCUCUCUACCUGGUUAACACUGACAGAGGGCACGAAGGCACUGACAGACCUCCAGCAUCUCUGGGGCCCCACGGCCCCCCGGUCCCGGCGGCCGUCCCUGCCGGCUCACCUCUGACCUUGCCGACUCUAGACGAUUUCAUUCCCCCUCAUCUGCAGAGGCGGUCUCACCACAGCCAGCCAGCCAGCACUCCUGGCUCCCUCCCCCCCGUUAGCCAGACACCGCCAUCCUUCUCACCACCGCCUCCGCUGGUCCCUCCGGUCCCCGAGGGCCUCCGCAGAAUCUCGGAGCCUGGCCUCACGGGAGCUGUUUCGAGUACCGACUCAAGUCCUCUACUAAAUGAACUUUCUUCAUCGCACGUUGGAACUGAUUCCCAGACCUUUGCACCAGUUAGCAAGCCAUCAUCUGCCUACCCCUCCACGACAAUUGUCAAUCCUACUAUUGUGCUCUUGCAACAUAAUCGAGAACAGCAGAAACGACUCAGUAGCCUUUCAGAUCCUGUCUCGGAAAGAAGAGUGGGAGAGCAGGACUCAGCACCAACUCAGGAAAAACCCACCUCCCCUGGCAGGGCUGCUGAGAAGAAGGUGAAGGAUGACAGCAGGCGGGUGGCAAAGAGCACUCAGGACCUGAGCGAUGUUUCCAUGGAUGGUGUGGGCAUCCCACUCCGGAACACCGAGAGAUCAAAAGACUGGUACAAGACCAUGUUUAAGCAGAUCCACAAACUAAACAGAGACACUCCUGAAGAAAACCCUUAUUUCCCUACGUACAAAUUCCCUGAACUUCCUGAAAUCCAGCAAAGUUCUGAAGAGGACAAUCCUUACACUCCUACCUACCAGUUUCCUGCAUCUACUCCUAGUCCUAAAUCUGAAGAUGAUGAUUCAGAUCUGUACUCUCCUCGAUAUUCCUUUUCUGAAGACACAAAAUCUCCCCUUUCUGUGCCGCGCUCAAAAAGUGAGAUGAACUACAUUGAUGGUGAGAAGGUAGUUAAGAGGUCGGCCACGCUUCCCCUCCCGACCCGCUCUUCCUCGCUAAAAUCAAGCCCAGAAAGAAACGACUGGGAGCCCCCAGAUAAGAAAGCGGAUACAAGAAAAUACCGUGCAGAACCCAAAAGCAUUUACGAGUAUCAGCCGGGCAAGUCCUCCGUUCUGACCAACGAAAAGAUGAGUCGGGAUAUAAGCCCAGAAGAGAUAGAUUUAAAGAAUGAACCUUGGUAUAAAUUCUUUUCGGAAUUGGAGUUUGGGAAACCGCCUCCCAAAAAGAUAUGGGAUUAUACUCCUGGAGACUGCUCUAUCCUUCCUAGAGAGGAUAGAAAGACUAAUCUAGAAAAAGAUCUCAACCUCUGCCAAACAGAGUUAGAGGCAGAUUUAGAAAAAACGGAGACGCUUAAUAAAGCACCCAGUGCAAACCUGUCACAGAGCUCAGCAGUCAGCCCCACUCCGGAAAUUUCUUCAGAGCCUCCUGGAUAUGUAUAUUCUUCCAACUUCCACGCGGUGAAGAGGGAAUCAGAUGGGGCUCCCGGGGAUCUUACCAGCUUGGAGAAUGAGAGGCAGAUUUAUAAAAGCGUCUUGGAAGGAGGAGAUAUCCCUCUCCAGGGCCUGAGUGGGCUCAAGAGGCCAUCCAGCUCGGCCUCAACUAAAGAUUCAGAAUCACCAAGGCAUUUUAUACCAGCUGAUUACUUGGAAUCCACAGAAGAAUUUAUUCGAAGACGUCAUGAUGAUAAAGAGAAACUUUUAGCGGACCAGAGACGACUUAAGCGUGAGCAAGAGGAAGCCGAUAUUGCAGCUCGACGCCACACGGGCGUCAUUCCGACGCACCAUCAAUUUAUCACUAAUGAGCGCUUUGGGGACCUCCUCAAUAUAGACGAUACAGCAAAAAGGAAAUCUGGGUCAGAGAUGAGACCUGCCAGAGCCAAGUUUGACUUUAAAGCUCAGACGCUAAAGGAGCUUCCUCUGCAGAAGGGAGACGUCGUGUACAUUUAUAAGCAGAUCGAUCAGAACUGGUAUGAAGGAGAGCACCACGGCCGGGUGGGAAUCUUCCCCCGUACCUACAUUGAGCUUCUUCCUCCUGCUGAGAAGGCUCAGCCCAAAAAGCUGGCACCAGUGCAGGUUCUGGAAUACGGCGAAGCUAUCGCCAAGUUUAACUUUAAUGGUGAUACACAAGUAGAGAUGUCCUUCAGAAAGGGCGAGAGGAUCACGCUGCUUCGACAGGUGGACGAGAACUGGUACGAAGGGAGGAUCCCAGGGACGUCCCGGCAAGGCAUCUUCCCCAUCACCUAUGUGGACGUGAUCAAACGGCCGUUGGUGAAAAACCCCGUGGAUUACAUCGACCUGCCUUUCUCCUCCUCCCCAAGUCGUAGUGCCACUGCAAGCCCUCAGUUUCCCGGUCACAGCAAGCUCAUCACGCCAGCCCCCUCAUCUCUGCCCCACGCCCACCGAGCCCUGUCCCCCGAGAUGCACGCUGUCACCUCUGAGUGGAUCUCGCUGACCGUAGGAGUCCCGAGCAGGCGGCCUCUGGCCCUGACCCCACCCUUGCCUCCUCUGCCAGAGGCUUCUGUCUAUAGCCCUGAACCCCUGGCCUUGUGGGCGAGGCCCAGCUCCUCCCUUACCCUCAGCGUCCCCCGUUCGGGCUGGUCGGCCUGGGCCACCCCACGCUCAGCAGUCUCCCCGCUGGCCCUGCCUCCCCCGCACAAAGCCUGCUCCCUGGCGCCCGGUUCCCAGACCUCCCUCCACGCCAGCGGAGAUGGUGGUACCCACGUGCCACCUCCAGGGGUCCUCAAGGAUAGCUUCUCCCAGCUGAGGCUUGGGCGUUCGGACAGGGUCAUCUCGGAGCUUAGUGAUGCCUUUAGCAGCCAGGGUGAGCGGCAGCCGUGGCGAGAAGGAAGUGGAGCACGUGAGAGGAAAGCAGACAGGGAGGCAGGUGAGAGAUGCCCGGGUGGACCCGCCAUCUCUAAGAAGAGCUGCCUGAGACCGUCAGACGUGGUCAGGUGUCUGAGCACCGAACAGAGACCCACAGAGCUCCACACCCCAGAGGAGAGCCGGCCCCGCCAGCCCCGGGGUAGCCCUUUCCCGGGAAGGGAGGCUGAGCCCUCAGAGCUGCAGAGAGGUGGCGAGCCGGCCGAGAGGAAGGCCGCUCGGACUGCCGCGAGCGAGCAACCUCAAGCCCAGCAGCGAAGAGUCACCCCAGACAGGAGUCAAACCUCCCAGGAUUUAUUUACCUACCAAGCACUGUAUAGCUAUAUACCACAGAAUGCUGAUGAAUUGGAACUCCGAGACGGAGAUAUUGUUGAUGUCAUGGAAAAGUGUGACGACGGAUGGUUUGUUGGUACUUCAAGAAGGACAAGGCAGUUUGGUACUUUCCCAGGCAACUAUGUAAAGCCUUUGUAUCUAUAAGAAGACUGAAAACCACAGAGAUGAUUUUUAUUGGAGGAUGAAGCAUAAUUCAUGAAUUUGUCUCUUUAUUUAAACAUUGAGUCAGUAGGAAAACUAAUGCAGUGGAUAAAGAAAGAAGAAAAAGAGAGGACAGAGAAGUGUUGCAUUUAAAACCUGAACCUGUCUAAGCUUACUGCAUGUAUCAGGGCUGAACCACGCAGAAAAGGAAUGCGGCAAGUUGGUAUUUACUUAGCUGCUUCUGGGAGCCACUCCAGCCCUGCCCUCUCCCCCACCCCCGCCCCACCUUGAGUAAUCUGACCUGCAGCCUGGUCCAGGAGCAGUUAGGCCAGAAAUGCUUCUUGCUGCUCCAGGCUUGAGGGCUUUGGCUCAAAAGGGUCAUUUAGCCUGCAGGAGCCCUCAGAGCAACAGGCAGAUCCCCAGCCAUCCUCCAAGGCCCACACAGACUCCCCCAGUCGCCCCGGAGCCUGCCAGUCCCCUAGUGCUGUGAGAGACCAGUCAGGGCUGCCAAGGCGAUCCCUAAACAGUGGUGGAGACCCCAAACUACCCAAGGCCCAGUCCCUCACUGGAGGUAGGUGGGGAAAUGGAGGUCAAAGUAGGCGCCCAGUGCAUUCAGCCUGCGUGCAGCUUUGCCACUGACGCCCCCGGUGUUCAGCCACAAAAGCACACAAGGAUUGCCCCUGGAGCAGGGUAGCCAGGCAGAUAGUUAAAUUUGUAUUUCCAGUUGAUUAACUCAAGAAGCGCUGUAGCCUGAGGGCCCUUGCAGUGGCUCCUUCCCCGUAUCACUGGCUGUUAUGAACGGUCACCUUCAGGGCAGCACAGUUUCAUUUAGCAGAAUGCCAUUGCUGCUCUUUCUUUUCUGGGUUGUUUUAGGCCAGGACAGUUUGGGGUUGAUAGGCCUAUUCUCACAGAGAACCAAGGAUGGUGUUCAGUGACUCAGGUAACGUACACCAGUGUACACUGGACGCCAGGGGCCACUGAUGAGCAAGCCACGCUCCAAGCCUUAGAAGAGGUUCACCGUGUCUCCAUUUUCAUUGGCCAUAGGAGUCCAAGGACUACCCCAAACGUAGGAACCCAAGGUUAUGACUCACCCUGUGAGGCUUCUCUUUAGAGCAGAAGGUGCAGAUACAGUGGCCCUAAGAGUGAGGCCGUGAUUCUGCCACUCCCAGGAGGCUGCUGGGAUGCCUGGGGUGUUCCGUCACAACUUUAUCCAAUUCAAGGAUGCUUACUGGCCACUCUGUUAGACACCUUGGAGAGAUAAAGAUAGAAAUGACUCAUUCCCUGCCUGCUGGGAACUCAGAGGUGGUUGGAGAGACAGACACACAAAAAUACUGAAUCAAGAGAGACUGUGAUAAGUGCUAAGAAGGGUGUGAGAGAGGAAGAGAUGAAUUUUCCCUGAAGGGACCCUAGAAAGCAUUGUCAUAUUUCUGUCUCCAUUAGCUCACCUUGAACAACUAGGAUGCUGGAAGAACCUUUGUCUGAAGGUGGUUUAUGGCUGGAAAUACUUGGAACUGUUUCCAGGGUCUUCAAACUCUCAUCCUGCCCACAAAUACACAUCCAAGGUCACGAAUAGGAGUAGCAGUUCCAGGUUGAUAGGGUGUGUACAGGAACCCUGACUCUUUGCAUAUAGCUCAGAAUUGGCCUAGGACCCAUGUCCCAGAGUCUUUAUAAGCACAGAGUUUGUCUUCAGUGCCUCAGCUUCUCCCUCCACUACGCAUCUUAGGACCCCCACCAGCUGCCCACCCCCGUCAGAGAGCCACAGUACCCUCACUCCCUGUCCUUCAAAGCAUGCUCUCAGGAAAGCAACUGCCACUGACUCCUUCACAGUAAAGUAUAAAUGACUGAUAAGAGGAAGGUGUUAUUUCUUCACAGAAACACUGGUUUUUCACUAGAACAGAGCCUUAAUCCCAAGGGGGAAAGGCUGUGGAACUAAUGGUGGAGGUGGGGCUGGGGCUAGAGGUGAGGGCGGAUGAGCUUCCUGGGUAGAAAAGGACUUAUUGCUAUUCCCUAAGAAAGCCUCAGUGCUUUGGAAGUCCACCUCACCAUCCAAGGGCACUCUGUUUCUGUCUCUCCUCCCCGCUCCAAAUAUAGUUCAAGUGCAUAUCCACAUGCAUUUCACACAGCAGCAUCACCCAUUUUGGAAUGUAUAUUGGCUAAUGUGUUUCCUGGUCUUUCUUAGAUGCAAACCAUUCAUAACACGAUCUUACCUGUUUUUUGAGGGGUGCUUAUUGAUUAAGUAGGUAAGUUUGAACACCUCUUUAAAUACAGCUAGAAAAUAAACCAAUUUGUAAAGCCACAUUUGCAUAUGAUGCCAGCCUCACGACUUUGUAUAUCUCCAGAAUCCCAGGUAUGCCUCACCAAUUUGCCCAUCUUUAAUAAACGCAUCUGUUAAAAUUUGCAUCAAACUUCAGCUUCCUACAUAUGACACAACAAGGAACAAAGGGUUCCAACUGCCCCUUUGUCUUCAGACAUUUAGUAAUACAAAAUACCUAUUUUUAUGCUGAGAUAUUUAUACAGGUUUAUUAAUUGCAAGUGCAACUAACUGGCGGCAUGCCCUGCAACACAUUUUGAAUAGAUUAGCCAUGCUUCUGGGUAAAGGCAAGCCCCACACUACUUAACUUCUGCAGUCUUUCUGGGAUCAGUAAGAGAAAAAAAAUCACAUGCUUAAGAAGUGGGACUGUAAAUAUGUAUAUUUAACUUUGUAUAGUCCAUGUACCUACUUUGUAUAGAAAAAUAAUUUUAAAAAUUUGAACCGAAGGGGGAGUAAAGUAAAAGAGUCAUGAAGUUUUUUUGCAUAUUUAAAUGAAGGAAUUCCAAAAUAACUUACCUGCCGAUUUUUAGCACAAAAAUAGCCCUUGUAAAGUGUUAUAAUUUUAAAUAAUCAUUCUUUCUGGGAGAGAAGGUAACUGUUAUCUCAAUUAUAGUGGUUUUUCUUAUUUUGUUUUUGAUUUUUUUUUUUGCAGUCCUGUUUAUCUGCAGUAGUAUUAAGGCCUAUUGCUAGAAUAGGUUACUACAAAAAAUAUAUUCUGAAAGAAAAAUAACUGACAUUAUAUAUAACCAAUUAAAGUAUUGCCAUUUAAAUUAUACACCAAGAGCAUGUACUAUGCAGACACAGAUUUUUCUGUUCAUCUAUUUUUCUUUAUGCAGUGGAUCGAUCUGACAAAUAGACGUUGAAUUACUACAUUGGCUGUACAUGUUAUUUAAUAAACUUUAUUCAGGAUUGCGUGG